AAAAAUACUUUCUUUUCCAAACUUCGAAAGAAGCGACAAUGGCCGAAAGUCCACACCCCAAGGUGUUUAACGACCCUAUUCAUGGUCAUAUAGAGUUACACCCCUUGUGCGUGAAGAUUGUGGAUACACCGUACUUUCAACGCUUGAGAAAUAUUAAACAGCUUGGAACAUGCUAUCUGGUGUAUCCGGGUGCAAGUCACAACAGAUUUGAACAUUCGCUGGGUGUCUGCUAUCUGGCAGGAAAGCUAUUGAGAGCAAUACAAGAACGACAGAGUGACCUAUUAAGUGAAAAGGAUAUUUUGUGUGUGCAGAUUGCAGGGCUAUGCCAUGACCUCGGUCAAGGACCAUUUUCACACUUAUUUGAAAAGAAAUUCAUCCCCAAAUUCGAAGAAGAUUGGAAGUACGAAGAUGCAUCCGUGAAAAUGUUCGAGCAUAUGUUGAAGGUAAAUGAUGAAUCUCUGCGUAACGACUUUAAAGACCUUAUGGAUGACUUUGAGGAUAAAGACAUUGAUUUUAUCACUGAGAUGAUACGUUCACCUAAGAUUGACAGAUCUCUUAAUUGGGAAAUUCAAUUCAAGGGACGGGGGAAAGAACAGGCCUUUUUAUAUGAGGUGGUUUCAAACAAGAACACCGGAAUUGACGUGGACAGAUGGGACUAUUUAGCUCGAGAUAGCUAUAUGCUUGGGAUGAAAAACAUCUUUGAUCUCGAUAGGUGUAUAUCAGUAGCAAGAGUACUUGAAGUGGAAGGUGGAACGACACAGAUAUGCUUCAGAGACAAGGAAGCACAGGACAUAUUUGACAUGUUCUAUACCAAUAUGACGUUACAUAGGAGAGCAUAUCAACACAAGACAACUAAUAUCAUUAGCAGAAUGGUGUGUGAUGCAUUGCUAGAAGCCAGUGAUCAUUUGAUGUUCGAGGGAAAGAAUGGUGCACAAUUCAGCCUGGCGGAAACCAUUAACGACAUGGAGGCAUUUUCAAAAGUAACAGAUGACGUUUUCCAUACAAUAUUGCAAUCCAAUGAUUCGAAGUUGAAAAAUUCCAAGGAAAUUCUCAAGAACGUCGUGACCAGAAAACUCUAUAAAUGUGUGGGACAGACACAGAUAAAAAAAGAUCAGGGAUUACCAUUCGCCGAGUCGUCGUUUAAGGAAGCACUUCUCAAGAAGAUAACCACGAAGAAAGUGGUUUCAUCAGGUUUAGCAGAAAAUUACACAAAACUCGAUGUCGUCAAAUUAAACCUCGGGAUGGAUGACAAGGAUCCUAUACAAAAUGUGAGAUUUUACAGCAAGUUCAAGAAAGACGAGCCAAUACCCCUUGACAAAGACCAGGUUUCAUACGUUUUGCCGGACACGUUUUCGGAACAGAUUGUGCGCGUCUACUGUAAUAGUUCUUCGGAUGAAGAAAUAAACAUUGUAAAGGAAUCAUUUGACCAAUGUUGUGUGGACCACGGAUAUCCGAGGCCGAAGGACAUGAGAGGUGAACUGAUACACAAUGGACAAUAGGGAAUGCAUUCAGUGAUGUAUAGAACGAAUAAGAAAAGGCGACUGUGCGGAAAACCUCAUGUGUAUAUUAACCAUUGCAAUGUGAUCAACUUAUAACAUGUAAACCGUACUAGUAUUACAUGUUUCAUUGUUAAACUAAAUAAUUACUGUGUAACGAUGUAACAAAUAUUUCAACAAACAAUCAAACUAAGCUCUAAUUUAUGUAUGCCAUUAUCAUGUAGGCCUAUUAACUUUUACCUUGCUAAAUUUCUAAUAUGGACUGGACUAUCAUUCAGUUUGGGCAGUGCCAUUUAUUAUUCGAAGGAUGUCACGGAAAAUUUACUGCUGAAUAGCGAACAGUGAAGACCAUUAUAAGCCUGAACGGAAGUGCAGGCUGAUCUUGGUCUGUGCUUGUCGCAAAUGCAUCUAAUCGUUUGCCGCGUUAUAGCCAACGUCUACCCAGGGUUAAUGUCCUGACAUGAGCUUCACUUUAUAUUGCUUUACCUAAAUGUAUCUUUUUUACAUUUCCAUGUGCAUUUUAUGUAUUUAUAUAUGAAGACUAUAAUUGCUUGCAUUUUGCCUCAAUGUAUUACUCAAACGCACUAUACUUAUGCUUGUGUACAACUGAUCAUGUGCUAUCACACGUCAACUUAAUUUUUCGCUAUGUUCUUUUGACUACAUACGACAAAUGUUAACAUAUUUUGGCAAAGUCAUUGCUGACCUUAAAAAGUAAAAAAGAAUAUAGGCCGCCUCUUGAGUUUCUUCCUUAAGAAUUAUGAUAUCUUUUGCUUCAAUAUAUCUUUUUCUCCAAUGUACUUAGUUGCGAAAAAGCAUCCUUUUCUAGCGAGGAAAAGAGUGAUUGCAGCCACCAAACUAACACUACAUCAUUAAUCAUGUAAAACAACACAUUUUGAGAUUGUUUCCAUUUCGAAAUAAUUCAUUGGACUUUUGAAGCAUGUUUGGUAUAAAUACAUUUUCUUUAUUAAUGAAUUUGACUGUAUUAGUUGUUGAAAAAAUCCUGUUUUGUAAUUAAUCUAGAUUCAAAAGAUAAUGACUGUACUGAGUGUUUAAAUUAGUAUGGUACAUUUUACCCUCAAAUUUUCAUUAAUGUGAUCAAUUUGUUUUAAUACGUCAGUAUGUCAAAAUACUGUGAUAUAAAAGAUUAUUUGCUUUUAUAGAAUGUGAUCUGCUGUCAUCUGACUUUAUGCUUAAUAAAAACAUUCAACCAGUG